UAAUUUCUGGGUUCUAUAUUUAAACAGAAGAUGUCAGAUAACGAGGAUAUCGAUGAUCCACAGGAGGCAUUGUCUGCCAGGCAUAAAUUGGAGAAAAAAGAAUUGCAAGGGAAAAUUCAAUCCUUGAAAAAGGGAGUUCCGAAAGGAGAUAAGAAGAAAAACAAAGAGAUGAAAGCGCAAAUUGCAAUUCUUGAAAGUGAACUUUAUGAGAAACAUGAUAAAGAAAUUGCUGAAUUGACAGAAAAAUUGGAGCUAAUGAAUAGUGAGGAUAUGACCGAUACUUCAAAGGCUACUAAUGAAAAUGAUGAACCUGGCAGAUCAGAACCUUCUCAACAAAGAGUUAGUAAAGCGCAAAAGAAGAGAGAAAAAAAAGCUUUGAAAGUGAAAGAACAAGCUGAAAUUGCUGCACAAGCUGAAAAGGACUAUGUUAACACACAAAGAUAUGCAGAAGAGGAAAAAAUCAAGACCAUAUUAACAAAAAUGAGUCUAAAGGUGAAGCCCAUGAUACCUGAUGGUAAUUGUCUAUAUUAUGCAGUGGAAGAUCAGCUGAAGAUGAAUUUGAUGAUGUUACAUUCACCGAAAGAAUUAAGAACAUUGACAUCAACAUUUAUGCUUUCUCAUGAAGACGAUUUUUCCCCUUUUCUAACUAGUUCUGAUACAGGCGAUUGUUAUUCUCCUGAGGAAUUCAAACAGUAUUGCAAAGAUGUUGCAGAGACUACAGCUUGGGGUGGUCAAUUGGAACUGCGAGCUUUGUCCCAUAUCUUACAGACUUCAAUUCAUGUGAUACAAGCAGACAUGCCCACUGUAAAAAUUGGUGAGGAAUAUAAAGGAAAUCCACUAAUACUAACAUAUCAUAGACAUGAGCUGGGGCUGGGCGAGCACUAUAAUUCAGUUCAACCAUCAAAACCUGAUUCAAAUGGACUAUCAUAGCAUAUUGUUGUUAAUUUUUUGUGCAUGACGGUUUAUAGCCAGAUACAAAGUCUCACACAUGUCUAUUCAACGGACGAAUUGGAAUAUGUUUUAUAAUGCAGUUUUCUUCAAACUUUUUUAUCACGAUCCAAUUGGCAUGGCAAAAUUUCUUCACGACCCUCAGUAACUAUAAUAAAAAAAAUGUAAAAUUUAAUGAUACCGAAAAUAUUAAAAUAAAGUACCGGUAAUAAAAUUUAUAAUGCCUUUAAUGAGAUCGAUGUGCUUGCAUAUUCUCGCACAAAAAGUCGAAUCUUGCUUGGGUCUCAAUACUGGUUCCAAAUUUGAUCGAUAUUUCGUUUUAAUGUAAGUUGUCAGUACUUGAUAAUAAUGAAAAAUACCGCUACUUCCAUUGAGCCCUUCCGUAACCCAUCGGGGGUCGGGACCCUCAAUUUGAAGAGCCCUUAUAUAUUUCAUUAUAGAUCCUUAUCAUGAGUAGUGAAAUUUUAAAUGAGAUUGUGCGUAACAAGCAUUAUUGCUUUCUGAUUCAAUUUAAACUUCAGUCAGUAAUUGAGUUUACUGAUACUGAUGUGGAUCUAGUCUAUAAUUGCAGAGUACUUUUAUUUUGAAGUUAUAUAUUGCUGCUUUCAUCAGCAAUCAUGUUGCUUAAAUAGAUACUGAUAAGAUUGUAUACAUCCAGAUAGUAUGAUUCUAAAAUCCAAUUGUGAGAUUUAAUAUAAGUUAAUGGAGAUUUUGAAAUUUUUUUCAAUUCAUCCACAACAUUUGAAUUGAAUAAAGAAUUUUUAAACAUUAAUAAAGCUUUUGAUUCACUAAAUCAGUGUCGUAAUGGCAUAAUCAUGUUUUUUUUUGUUGUUUUUACUGAAUGGGCAUGAACAG